AUCAUUCAAUUAAAUUGCCUGGUUAAAAGAAAGUUCAAAGGAGAGAUCAGGGAGUUAUAAUGACUUGAGUAUUUUGUGGCCCUUCUGUUGGAAUGCGUUUUGUGUUCCCGUAAUCAUUGAAACAUGUUUUUCUAUUUUUAAAUUGCAUCUAACCUGAUUAACGUAUUCUAUUGAGGAUGGUCGAACAUUUUCGUACUUACAAGAGUAAAUGUAAAAUCUACCAAGAACUGAAUAACAAUAACUUUGAAUCUUGCAGAAAGCGGCAUGAAAGCGGGGGAUCUUUCUGCUAGUGGCGAUCGAGGCAUAAGUGCAGAACUCACACUCGAGGAGCCCGCGCCACGAGGGAGAUCGUCUUCGAUUCUUCGUCCGUCCAUCUCUGGACUUCUGUCGCCUAUCCAGGAACCUUCCGACUCCGAGUUCAGCAUGGGGGAUAUUGGAGAGCUUCCAACCCUUAUGGAGCGGUCUGAGGUCACACAACCCCUUGAAGAACAAGCUUACGAAACAUUUAGGUUGGUUACUAAAGCUAUGGGAGACAGUCACGAACCUGUCGUGUUUAGAAACUUGUGUCCUCCACAAUCGACAGCACGCAAAUCUGCAGCGAAAGUUUUCUAUCACCUUCUCUCAUUGCAUAAAAAUGGCGUGUUUGAGUUAAAACAGAGAGACCCGUACAAUCUGACAAAUAUUUACAUCCAUAAGGGGAUGAACUUUUGAUCGCUCCAAGCUGGGCUAACCUUAAUGUUAUCUUCUGGAAAGACUUGGUCUUCUUUUCAAAAACAACUGAAUAGCUUUUAUUUUUACUUGUUCUCGGUGCGACAAAGUCCAUAUCCCGAGUUGGUGUAGUCUGAAUUUCAGCCGUCUCUUCCCUCUACCCCGAGGGGGGCGCUGUAAAGGGAAGAGACGGCUGAAAUUCAGACUAGAGUUGGUGUAACUAAACGUCAACUGCAUGGUUGCUCAGUUGUCUGGAAAUAAAGUUAGGUAAUCUUUUUGCCUUAGCCUACUAGACAUACACAUUCUAUUUUUAUCUAUUUUUAAGCCCUACCAAAAGGGUCUGUAUUUUUUAUUGCCCUCGAAGAAAUGUCGGUUUUUAUUUCUAGUUGUAAAAUGAAAGAGAAAAACGAAAUAGCAUUUUUUUUUUUUUUGCACCAAUAAUAAGUAGCGUUUCUUUACUCGUAAAGCUUUGUAGAAACAAUAGAAAUGUGCCUGAUUCGAUUUUGAAAAUCGAAGCUCUGAAAGUUUUCCCUUCAACAUGACGUUCUUAGGAUACGUCAUGCUGCCGUAGAAACUUGACGAUCUGACGUAAGAUAGCUACUUAAAACUUCCCGGUGCCUUUUUCCACAAUUCUAGUACCUGAUUCGACAGGUUUUUCUAAACAAUUCAAUGAUGACCUCUUGGGUGUAUUUUGGACGAAAAAGGCACUUUCUCUAAAGACAGACUACGAUCACUUACUAUGUAAAAUCAGAGCUUUCUAACUACAAUUCCACGUUAACGAAGGUUUAAAAAGAGGAUAAGAAUUAUGAGAUAACGAAACAGAGUGUAAUAGUUUCUUUUACUUGUAUUGUGGAUAAAUAUAUCUUUACAUUCACAUGGAAUUCCAUCAUUUAAUGAUCUUGUACAUUACAAAGUUGAGUUAAGUUAAAAAAAAAAAUUAUUGACUUGUUAUGGCUUCUUUAAGAAAAAGCUAACAAGUCAAAAUUCGCUAAUUUAAAGUUUCAUCAGCAAUUGUACAAAGUAAAUUUUGUAUGCACAAAUUAUUUUUUAUACAUAUUAUGGUGCUUUCAUAUGUCAUGUUUCACAAUUAUUUGCAGGAUUAUCUGUAUAAUGCAUGCGAUUACAACGCUUACAUCAUUCUUAUUGCAGACUACUUUUAGAGAAUCUUACAUAAGCUACAUUGAGGAAAAAGACUUGAAUAUUAUGCAUUAUUUAUCGCAAAUCUAAAUUAUUGAAAAAGGAGGUGAAAAAAAAUAUUUAAACUACUUUUUUCUUGAAUAAA